AUAGCCCACGUAUUAGUUGUGGGCGGACUUUUUUUGUGGGCAGCCGCUAGUGACUUCAUGAAAAGACAUUUUUAAAACCACCAUUUUACGUCGUAGACGGUGGCCAUGUCACUCGAGACSUUUGAUGAUGCCUAUCUACCUACGCACUGAAAAAUUCAACAGUUGUACUAUAAAAAGCAAGGGAAUUAUAAGUCCGAAAUGUUAACUACUAGACAUUUCGAUUGUCAACAGGAAAACGCCAUAUAUUUGUCCAGGAGUGCACGYUAUUUGCGUCACUGUUUCUAUGGAAGCAGGCUUUUUAUAAAUGUGACUUCAAAAUGUUGAUAGYUGUUUUUGUUUUUACAGGGUCAAACUUUGUUGGAGUUUUAAAAAGCCAGUUUUAAUGCAGUUUUUAUGUAUAUGUUUUGCCAGCAACAGAUAGUGAAUGCCAUGCCAAGAUCCACAAGGUGCAAGAAGCAGCAUUAUUCCUUUUCUCUUUCGUUUACUAGAAGUUUGAUUAUCAUCAUAUAUGCCUCGUGGCCUGCUUAGAGCAAUGUAAAUACCUGGCGGUGGCAUCAGAAGAAACUCGGAAGAGUCGGAAGGAAAACAGGAACUCUUAUAGAGAAAAGGGGCAUCGGCAAAAAGGAAAAAGACAUUUGAAGAAAGAAUGAAGAAGCGAAUGAAAAACAGAAAGGGGAAAAUGAAAAGAAUAAGGCAAAAGAAGAAAUGAGACAGCAUACGUAGAACGUAUACGUAUAUAAGGAAAGAACUGUGAGAAAGUAAAAAGAUGCAUGAGAAAGUGAGAAACAGUUCAAAAUCUAAUUUUUACACCUUCAUUUCUAAAGGAAAAAUUAACAAAAGUCAGGGUGAUUAACCUUUUUGGAACGCAUUUCUGCCGGUCUGCUUAAAUUAAUUCAUAUUUCCUCUCUCUGUAUUUUCAACAAUAAUAGUUUUGAAAAACAUAUUCCACGCUGAGAAUGAUAAAACAUUUUUCUUCCCUUAUUGCGACAUAGGCAGUUUCCCUGUAUAGUAGGCAGAGCCAGAAAUAAAUUGUUUAAUUUAUAAGUUACCAAUGCACCUGGCCAUCAUUUCAUAUUAAUGACUGCAAGAAGACAAACGCUGCUCGGAAUUUACUGUCUUCAUUGUUAACUAAGACGUGAGGUAUUUGUACUUUAUAUCUCUUUUCAUCUGAUCAUAUGCCGUCACUGUGCAGUUAUACAUGGAAACUAMAAAGGAACAYAUUUCAAGAGCGUCAUCUGGACCACCACGUAUGAGGACCCAUUUCAUGCCAAUCCCUCCAGAUGAAGCUGCAAAACGAUCCAAGCUAUUCACAUGCAACCGMAUCGAGUUCCAGAAGAAAAAUAGCGAAUAUGAGCGUAAUAAGAAGACUUUGCRGGCAAAGUACACUACCACUAGAAGCUUGGAGGCGCCGCCUCACGAAAAGACUGUUCAGUUUAUUACCAAGGUUCAAAUUCGAACAACCAGAACUCCAGUUACACCAACAAGUGACGAACAAUCACUUAACGACAAAUGCAGCGAGUUUGAUAGUGGUGUUGUCCAAGACUUGCCUAACGUUGAUAAAGAUGAUAGUACUUGUUUAUUUCCCAGUCAUGUACCAUUAAAAACAGACGCAAUCGAGUUACUUUGGUUGGACAGCAAUCUGGAAUCUCCAGAUGACCGAGCAAAUGAAACGCACCUUGUUCGGACUUUAUCAAGGCAAUUAAAUGAAAACAGAUUGCUCCUUCAUCGAAAACAUCAAGACAGACCAACAGCAAGUUUCGCCGCACCAACUAAAGGAGAAAUCAACUUACUUAUACAAAGCCCUGACUUUAAAAAGGCCAUCAAAACAGACCGUUGCMRYGGACACAAAAUUCUGCUAAUGAAUCGUGGCAGAGCAUUGUCACUUYCAGGCUCUAAUUACUACACGGUCAUUUCCAGGCUACCAAGRACUGGUGCGAGACCUUUGACUGGUAAAGCAUACGAACAAGAUCAAAAACGCUUAMAGACAUGUCCUACAUGUAAUCAAUCGCUGUAGUAGACCGAGAUGAAGAUAUACUGCACUGAAUAGCUCAUUCUGCGCAUGUUUUCUCUAGAUAUACAAAGAGCUGGGAAGAUUGGAAGGAAUUCUUUACUUGCGCAAACGCUGUAAGCGAAAAAUGACAACAAUUAACCAAGCAAAAAAAAAAACAAAACAAAAAAAAACAACAAAACAAAACAAA